AACUUCUAAUUUUUCUUAGAAGUUAUCACUUAAAAUUCCAUAAAAAUGUACAAAUUAAUAUUCCAACAAUUAAGGCAAAUAUCCAGGACGGCCACUAGGCCAAUAAGACCGAGUGCAGCCUUGGCCACCACACAAAAUAACUCCGAGGAAAAAAUCGAUGUGACCAAGGCCUUACAAGGUUGGGAUGAAAAGUUACGAUUAAGCGAAGUGGGUGAUAUUGAAUUCAAUUUGAAAUGCAUCGUUGCCAAGGUGUUAAAUCGUAAAUUCAACACCUUGACCAGUUAUCACAAUGUCCAAUUCAAUAGGGAGCAAUUGAAAGAAUUUGAACGCCUCUGUGAGGCAAGAUGUGCCCGUAUGCCAUUGCAACACAUUGUGGGAGAAUGGGACUUUAUGGACAUUACGCUGAAGACAGCACCCACGGUAUUUAUACCCCGCCCCGAGACUGAAGAAUUUGUAUCCAAGGUUAUCAGUGUCUAUCGAAAUGUAAUGGAACCGUUGGAAAUGUUGGAAGUUGGCUGCGGCUCAGGAGCCAUGUCAUUGGCCAUUUUGCAUGCUCUGCCAAAUGUCCGGAGUACUGCUGUGGAACGUAGUAAAGCUGCAACCGCCUUGGCUUGGGAAAAUGCCAAACGUUUGAAUUUGCAGGAUCGCUUUAAAGUCUAUAAUCACACAACAGCGGAGAAUGAUUAUCUGCCCAAGGAACUGGAUGGACGGAAAUUUGAUCUUAUCAUUUCUAAUCCGCCCUAUGUGAAGACUGAAGAAUUUGCUUUACUCCAGCCGGAAGUGAAAUUAUAUGAAAACCUCAACGCCCUGGAUGGUGGUCCAGAUGGUUUGCGCAUUGCUCGUUUGGUAUUCGAUUGCGGUUGCUUGUAUUUGAAACCUGGCGGUAAAAUGUGGAUGGAAUUGGGCAGUGAUCAUCCACAAUUGGUCCAAACGAUAAUGGAUACCCAAUAUGAGGGUAGAUUGCGUUUCGUGCAAGGCUAUAAGGAUCAAUAUAAACGUAAUCGUUUUGUGGAAUUGGAAAAGGUGUAA